UGAUGUUAUUUCAUCGGGUUCGGAUUUAACUAUAAUAACUAUUUAUAUAUUCAUCUUACAUUUAAUCUGACUCUGUAUAGUCCAUAUCGUCCAUCUUUCAUUGUUCCAGAAACAAUCAAACAUUGAUUUGUUGGCAUACUUUUCUUUUGUUUUUUUGUUAUAGCACAUAAAUUCUCCCAUCAUUUGAAAUACUUUUGGUGAAUUGAUGAGAAGGUUAAAAAAUCGAAUUAUGAUUUGUUUACAUUCUUCUGUUUGUUCUUGUUUUGUCCUUUUGUGAUCAAUUCUAAUCGACAAUGUGAAAUUAAUCGUUCUUUCAUUCAUUCAUUCGUCAUCAUCUUUAUUGCCUACAGUGGCUGUUAUCAUUUUCGACAUGUCAUGCUGAUAAGUAAACCAAACCACAGCAUGUUGAAAAAUUCUGGCUCUAGUGCCAUUGCCGAUAGUGAUGCAACAAUUCUCGAUUCCAACGGUGUUGCCAUUAUCGAUUCUACAGUUGACCAAUCUAUUGCAAACAAUAGUCAGACUUCACCGCCACCAAUUUCAACGAAUAAUGGACAACAGCUACCGUUAAAGGUUGGACCAUUAGCCUCUACUAAUGAAACACGAAUUGUUUAUCAUGUCGAUGACGAGGAGACGCCAUACCUGGUCAAAUUGCCAAUACCACACUCACAAAUCAAACUUAGUGAUUUUAAAUCUGCCAUUUCAUUGCCGAGGCCUCAUUACAAAUAUUUCUUCAAAAGCUAUGACAAAGAGGUCGGUGUGGUCAAAGAAGAAAUCUUUGACGAUAAUGCUUCAUUACCAAUAUUCAAGGAUCGCGUUGUAGCUUGGUUGGUAUCAACGGAAGGGUCAGUCGUUUCGGACAGUACCAAUUCUCAAUGUCAGACGGAAAUAUCUGCCACAGCUCGUACAGUACAUGCUACUCAUCACCAUCAUCAUGCGCAUCAGCGACAACAAGAAUGUAAUGGCCUGAUUGGCGAUUCUCAUUUAUCCAGCUUUAAUGACCCAAGUCCAAUGGAGAAUGAGUCAUUAUUGAAUUCCCGAGAUGGACACCAUCAUCAUCAUCAUCUAAGUCCUAGACGUGGUUACAAUAACAACAAAAACAGCCACAAUAAUAAAUACAGCGGCGGAAGAUAUGGGAAUUCUGGUGGCUACUAUCAUGGUCAUCAUCACCGCCACCAUGGUCAUCAUCACGGUAACUAUAUGGAUUCAUCUGUGAUGACAUCAGAUAUAGAAUCAACUUCGUUUGUCGAUUCCGAGGAUGAUGAUGAUGAUGAUGAUGACCUUUUGAAUGAUACCACAGUCGAUGAUGAGAAUGAUUAUGAAGAUUAUACGAGUCGUGUGUCUACUACCACUGAGGAAACGAGUGUUUCUCGUCAAUACCAACGUCGUAAUCGCCAUCGUAAUCGAAGACAAAAAGGUGGCUAUCGUAAUCGAAUGAGUAGGCAGACAUCAUCGUUGAGCUCAAUUACCGAAUCAUCAAUGUCGUUAAAUAUCAUACAAGUCAUAUUGAAUUUGGACACUGUUAAUUAUUUGGGUAUUUCGUUGGUGGGCCAAACCAGUAAAAAAGGUGAUGGUGGUAUCUACGUAAGCUCCAUAUUAAAAGGUGGGGCAGUCGCAUUAGAUGGCCGUAUCGAACCGGGCGAUAUGAUUCUACAAGUCAAUGAUAUCAAUCUCGAGAACUUGAGCAAUGACGAAGCAGUAGAAGUGAUUCGAGAAGCUGUUAAAAAGCCUGGCCCAAUCAAACUUUUGGUGGCCAAAUGUUGGGAUCCACAUCCCUUAGGUCAUUUCACCAUACCUCGUUCGGAACCUGUUCGCCCCAUCGAUCCAGAAGCAUGGGUGGCUCAUACCGAAGCUGCUAGAGCUAAAUUUACACAUCCGGAUAAUUUUCCCUUGAAUCUUGCUGGCUCUGGUAAUUUCAUGAGAAUGAACCCAACACCUGUGGAUUCUGAAAGGAAUCCUAUGUUUCAACCCUCUACACAAUCAUUCAAUCCAUCUAAUGUCUAUCCAUUAUUAGCCAAUGGUGGUAGUGUUGUCACUGGUGGUGAUACCAAUUCUGGCUUGGUUCCUGGCUGUUCACUUCGUUCAUCAUUCAAAUCUGGUCAUUCAACAAUUACGACAAUACAGCAGCCACAAGUGACAGCUUCAUCUUGUCUGCCGCUUUCAUCAUCAUCCAUACCCAUUUCCUUGGCUCGUGGAUCAGACCUCAAGACAAUAGCUUGUGCAAUGGCUAGUCCUAAUUCUGGAUUGGAUGUUCGUGAUCGAAUGUGGCUUAAGAUAAGUAUUCCAAAUGCUUUUCUUGGUUCUGAUGUUGUCGAUUGGCUGUACUCGAUGAUAAGUGGCCUACAUGAUCGUAAAGAUGCCAAAAAGAUGGCCACCAAAUUAUUGAAAGAAGGCUACAUCUGUCAUACAAUAAAUUUUAAGAAUUCUUUGUCCGAGAAGUGCUAUUAUAUUUUUUCCGAACAACUGAAUCAAAUCAACAAAGCAACAACGGAUUCUCUCUCAACAUCUGACUUUCAAAGCCAUUCGGUUUUAUCUCAGCCAAUUUCAGCAUCAGCUGCUGCCGGUGGUCAUCAUCAAGUUCAUUAUCCACUGCUUCAACAACAACCAUCUUCCUUGCCCAACAAUUUUGAAGAUAAUUUUGGCCAAGCAUUACGAUUGAAGAAUGAGUUUGAUUCAGACUCACAACAGCAGCAACAAUUAUCAGCCAACUUUGAUGUAAUCAAUAAUCGAAGUGGUCGAAGUAAAUUCCCAUUCAUGUGUCAUUGGGAUGAAAAAAGUGAAAUCUACAACUAUGGUCUACUCGAUCCACAACCUAUGACUAUGAAAAACAACGACUCAACUAUGCAAAUUAAUCAUUCAGGCGGCAAUCAUUCGUCGUAUCAAGAUCAUCAUCACAUUGAUGAACAAAACAGCCAAACAAGUGGUCAAUCAAUUCUUUACAAUGGACAAGCUGUGAUGGGAAAAUCAGUCAAUACUGUCAAAAAUUCCGGUAGUUAUGGCUGCAACAAUCAAACGACGACUCAUACAUUAGCCAGCAAACAUAGUAAUGGCAGUAGUAAUGAUAGCGAUGGCAUAACUGGAAAAUUCGAUCUCAGUAACCGGAUAACCAGCUCCAACAAUAAUCUCAUCAAUCACCAUUAUGAAGAUCUUCAAAUCAAUCCUGUAACUGGAAAUCUGGUUCCAACAUCCACACUUGUUGUGAACAAUGCUAACCUUAGUGAUAAUAAGGCUCUCCUGCAGCCAACAAAUGGUAGCAACAUAACGGACAAUCCUUACAUUCAUCGACACAUAGAAGGAAAUGAAUUGGGCGUUAUCAACGUUUCUGAUUCGAAUGGUCAAACAGGUAGGCAUCAUGUGCUCAAUCAUGCCCCAACACAAUCAUCAUCUCGAGGUUCAUCAAUUGCUAGUAGUAAUGGUGCAAGUAAACUAGCCAAUACGGCCAACGUAAUGCGAAGUUCAUUCAAAAAAACCAUCAAUAAAUCCUAGACAAACAUACACAUAUAUAGUGCCUUGGUAUAAAACCAGUGCCUGUUCCCGUUUUACCUGAGCAUAAUUUUUAUUUAUCAAUUUAAUUAUUUUGGCCCUCUGUAACAAUAUUUUUGUUUUUGUUUCAUACGAUUAUAAUAAUUUUAUACUUUUUUACUUUUACAAUUUUUUCGCAUUUGUAACAUGUCGUUAUUGACAGGCAAAGGACCAUAUGAUAGAUGAUAAUGAUUUAUGUAUUUUAUAUAAUCCAUAUAUCUUAUUUUUUUCACCCUACAUUCACGAUUCCAAACAUAUAUAUGGGAUGAUUAAACAAUCGAGAUUCUCUGUUCUGAUUGAUUAA